AUGAUGUCUUACAUUAAGCAGCCUCAUUACGCCGUGAACGGGUUAACUCUGUCCGGCACGGGCAUGGACCUGCUACACUCCGCUGUUGGAUAUCCGAACACCCCUCGGAAACAGCGACGGGAGAGGACCACCUUCACCCGCGCUCAGCUGGACAUCCUGGAGGCGCUGUUCGCCAAGACGCGCUACCCUGACAUCUUCAUGCGGGAGGAGGUGGCCCUCAAAAUCAACCUGCCCGAGUCCCGCGUGCAGGUGUGGUUCAAGAACCGUCGCGCCAAGUGCCGGCAGCAGCAGCAGCAGAGCAGCGGGCAGUCCAAGCCCCGCCCGCCCAAGAAGAAGGCGUCCCCGGCCCGGGACGCCAACUCGGAGACCGGCGCCUCCGCCAACGGGCCCUACAGCCCGGCCCCGCCGCCCCCGGGCACCGCCAUCACGCCCAGCUCCAGCAGCGCCAGCGCCACCGUGUCCAUCUGGAGCCCGGCCUCCAUCUCCCCGCUGCCCGACCCGCUGUCGGCCUCCACCACGCCCUGCAUGCAGCGCUCCUCCGCCUACCCCAUGACCUACAGCCAGGCGCCCGCCUACGGCCAGGGCUACGGGGCCUCCUCGUCCUACUUCACCGGCCUGGACUGCAGCUCCUACCUCUCGCCCAUGCACCCGCAGCUGUCCGCCACCGGGGGCGCCCUCAGCCCCAUCUCCGCCUCCUCCAUGGGAGGGCCGCUGAGCCAGUCUCCGGCCUCCCUGUCCUCCCAGGGCUACACCGCUGCCUCGCUGGGCUUCGGCGCCGUCGACUGCCUGGACUACAAGGACCAAGCUGCCUCGUGGAAGCUCAACUUCAAUGCGGCGGACUGCCUGGACUACAAAGACCAGAACUCCUGGAAGUUCCAGGUCUUGUAG